AUGGCCCCACAGCCAGUGCCAUUUCCCGGCUUCACCCCGAUAUCAGAUCGGGUCUAUCUUCGCAAUGGGCCCGAAAAUGCCGCGCCUGGCUCAGCAGACGAGCCAACAACAAUCGUCCUUUUCGGCUGGGGUGACGGGAUGCCUAAGCAUGUCUCCAAGUACAGCGAUGGAUUCCAUGAAUUGUAUCCCUCUGCCCGAAUUGUGGUCAUCCUAUCAGGCACUUUCCAAGCCUCAAACCAGCCCCUGGAUGCCAGGAUUGAAGCCAUGAUGCCUGUUAUCGACACCAUCUUCCCAACACCCACAGGCGAUGGAGCCGAGGAAGAGCGCGUCUUGUUACAUGCCAUGUCGAACACUGGUGGCAUCUUCUUAGCCGCCGCCUUCGUCGCAUACCAAAAACGACACGGCGCAGAUAAGAAACUCCCGCAUCAACUUCUGGUCUGCGAUUCUACUCCCGGCGGUCUAGACUUUGCAUCCCAGGUUGGCCGUUGGUCUCGAGCAAUGGCCGUGGGCUCGGCGAAGUACUUCCCCUGGCCGUUCAUUGUUACCCAGGGACUAUGGUAUGGUUUCCUCUGGGGUAACUGGGCCUGGGAGCGUCUGCGUGGUUCCGAGCCGUCGGGUGUCUGGGCUACGCGGAUUUGUAUGGAUCAUAAUAUCUGUCCGGUCGAACCUACUAGACUUUAUCUUUACUCUAAAGAGGAUGAGAUUAUUUGGUGGAAAGACUUGGAGGAGAGUGUUGCGAACGUUAAGGCUGCCGGCUUCCCCAUUGAACUUGAGAUGUUCGAGGGCUCGCCGCAUGUUGGGCACAUGAGGAUGCAUCCGGAGCAAUAUUGGAACAGAAUUUCCUCUUGCUGGAAGGCGACACAGGAGAAUAAAUAA